AUGCUGGAAAAUAAAGGGGCACCAGAAGUGGGUGAGUCGUGGGGUCCGAUGUAGUGUGAGUGAGAGAGAUCAUCAAGGACCAAGUCAAAAAGGGGGAAAAAUGGCUUUUAUGGAUGUAAACGGAUGAUCCAGGGUCUCUUUUAUUUGCCAUUUGCUUGGUUGAUGAUGUUGAUUAUCACUGUAUUUAAAGGGGCUUUCUAAUAAGUUGGAAAAUGUAGGCGCACACAAAUAAAUUUAUGAGCACAAUGAAAAAUAUUUGAGGUAUUAAAGCUAGAAUCCUUAAUUAUUUAUCCUAAAUAAAAAAUUCCAGGUCGCACAGCUAAAUAUUUAGGCGCAUAUGUGAGUAAAAUGGUGGCACUGUAGAGCCCUGUUACUGUGUGUGUAGCCUUUUAGAAAACAUAUGAUCAUGCUCUGUUGAAAGAAAAGGAGUGGGAGGUGUAAUAUAUGGAGAAGACAUCCGAUCUUUAUAAGAUGUGGGCUUUAGGGGCUGUUUUGGGAUGGGAUGGCGGAGCAUUGCUUUUAGAGGGUCAAUGACCGUAGAGUAAAAUUCUCUCUGUCUGCCUCUUCCAGAUUCUAAAAUGAGUAAUGCGUCAGAAACUAGUAAAUGUGCAAUGGAGAGUCAGAGUGGGGACGGAAACAGAGGUGAGUUACCUGCUGUGACCUGCUGCUGCUUUGCUCUGCCUGUCUGUACCUGGGGCGCGUUCAGGAGGCACCAACUGUUUAAAACUCUUUCAACUGGUCACAAACGGAUAAUGAAAAGGACCCUGGUCAUUAGAACUUUAAGUUCAGGUAAUGGUCUUCUGUUUGAAAACCUUUGGUCCUUUUUGUUGCCCUCUGAACACUCGCCGGGGUCUGCACUCUGCACACUGCCAUGCCUGUCCCACUGUGUGUGUGUGGUGUUGAGAAACCUAAUGGCGUGAGAGAGGUUCAGUGAAUUGUUGUGCUGUAGUUAGAGGCUAUGUCAGUGUGUGUAUUACAUGUGUUGAUUUGUGGGUGAAACUGUGAGAGAGUUUUUUUUGUUUUUUUUCCGUCUGAUGACUUGAUUGCUUUUCUGUUCUCAGAAAUCCAAACCAAUGGACUGGACUUUCAGAGGCAGGCGGUGCAGUCUACAAGCGCAAUCACCAACGCACACACACAGGCUCUCCUCCAACAGGUAACACUCAUACCGAAACACACACAGGCUCUCCUCCAACAGGUAACACUCAUACCGAAACACACACAGGCUCUCCUCCAACAGGUAACACUCAUACCGAAACACACACAGGCUCUCCUCCAACAGGUAACACUCAUACCGAAACACACACAGGCUCUCCUCCAACAGGUAACACUCAUACCGAAACACACACAGGCUCUCCUCCAACAGGUAACACUCAUACCGAAACACACACAGGCUCUCCUCCAACAGGUAACACUCAUACCGAAACACACACAGGCUCUCCUCCAACAGGUAACAUUCAUACCGAAACACACACAGGUUUGCUGCUUUCACCAGAAGAGUGUGUCUGGGUUUGACUGUUGUAUUUCAACUGAUCUUAUUUAGUAAAAUGUGGGUGUAUUUGUGGCCCGUGCCCAGGCUGGUAGAGGUGUAGUCAAAAUGAGGAGUGAGGUUGGGACUGAGGCAUGCCAACAGAACAGACACACACACACACACACACACACACACACACAGGAACAGUACAUUUAAAUGAGCUAGGCACUCUCGGUAUCGGCUAGGAACAAGGCAGAUUAAUCAACCCUGUAUGCUAAUUAGCUGCUCUGCGGUUACUCGGAAACAGAUGGCGGAGAAUAUGCAAAUCAAUGCAGAAUUCAGUUUUAUUUUUUAAAUUAACUUCUUCACUCACCCCCUCACUUCUUCCUUCCCUCUCUCCUUCCUCUCUAUGUGGGCUGCAGUACAUUUCAAACUCCCUCCUGCUUUUCUCAUGUAGAUCAUUUUCUGUUAAGACAAUACCUUUAAUAGGCUACCUAGUAUUGAAACCCUGUGUUUGUGGGUAUCUGUCUGUGGGAGGGGGUUUUGUCUUGGUGUGUAGAUGGUUUUCCUCUUCUUCUACACUCAGAGGUUGAAAAGUCAAGUAUUGAUCUUGCUCUUUCUCUAAUCAAGAAUCUUACAACUAGGUGUUUGGUUUCUGUGUACAAUAAGUAGCAGUCAACAUCAUUAUUUAUUUAAAAACAGACCGACAUGGUGUACAGAGUACAGACGACUCCCGAUAAAUGCAACGUCUCAAGAAUGGACUAAACUGCAACAUGCAGUUGUGAAGAAUGCAGCUGAACUGGUUCUGAGCUGAAAUUGCACUCCAACAGAGUUUACACUUAUCAGGAGUUGACUGUACCAUGUGUCUGUUUCUAUAUGACAAGUCUCUGGGAAGGUUAUCCUAUAUACGAUUAUCCUAUAUAAGGUUAUCCUAUGUGCUUCUAGUCCAAGUCAGAAGACUCGGGUGCAAUUCCGACCUCCGUCCAGCAGGGCGUGCUGCCUCAGGCCCAGCUCAUGCUGGCUGGGGGACAGAUAGCUGGAGUAAGUGGCAUGCUGUCUGCCUGCCUGCCUGCCUGUCGGUUCGUCUGUCUGUCUGUAAUGUGAUGGAGCUCUAUGGUCUCCUCUCCCUCAUCUGCACUGAUCUGAAAGAACAGCAAAUGCCCAGUAGGCAUCGUACACCAUGUUGCUUUCACUGUUCUUAGAUCAGGGCAGAUAAAGAGAAGACUAUUUGAGACUAUUGAGAUACACCCACAGAGAGGGUGGGGUUAUGUCCAAAUACUAUUUUCCUUGUUUCCUCUCCUUAGUGACCAGUGAUUCAUUUAAAGAUUGGAUGGGAAUUGAUCUACCUACCAUAUGCAUUCCAUCAAUUCCUGCUAUGAUCAGUGUGGAUGGGAGGAACUGUUUUAAGAGUAUUGGGAUGUAACUAGUGUGUUCUUGUGCAUGCAGAUCAUGCCAACUCCACCGACACACAUUUCCUUGAUACCAUCUUUGGGUUUGUGUGUGUGCGUGUGUGAGCCCAGGCAUCAUGCUCAUCUGUGAUCAUUCUGUCACUGUCACAUUGCCAGCAUACCUUAACAUGUGAUCCAGUCAUGUGACCUGAUGGUCAGACAGCCAGUGGGGCUCCUGGAUGCGCUUCACAGCAAAGUCCUCCUCUCUCCAUCCGUUGGCCCCUGGGCACUCCGUCACUGCAAAGUCAUCUUCUGUCCAAAAGCAUGAGUCCUCCUCUCUCCAUCCGUUGGCCCCUGGGCACUCCGUCACUGCAUCACAUGUACUGCUAGAUUUUGUAUUCAUUUGAAACUUGAAAAUCCUUUGACCUUUGAAAAGAAUAGUAAGGAUGAACUACUGUUUCUCACCCCACUCUCUCUCUUUAUUUCUCACCCCGCUCGCUUUGAUUGGGGGGACCCCACUCUCCGCUCUUUAUUCUCACCCCACUCUCCUCGUUAUUCUCACAAACGCUCGCGCGCGGAACCUCACCCCCGGCGCGCGGUAGGGCACCCCACGCGCUGCUCGGAGGGCACCCCACGCGCGCGCUUAGGGCACCCCACCUUAUGGCGCACCCCACCGCGGCGUUCUACUCUUACACCCACUCUCUCUCUUUAUUUCUCACCCACGCUCCACCACCUCAUCUUACUUCUCACCCAGCUCCUCAUUUCUCACCCCACUCUCUCUCUUUAUUUCUCACCCCACUCUCUCUCGUUAUUUCUCACCCCACUCUCUCUCUUUAUUUCUCACCCCACUCUCUCUUUAUUUCUCACCCCACUCUCUUUCUUUACUUCUCACACCACUCUCUCUCUUUAUUUCUCACCCCGCUCUCUCUCUUUAUUUCUCACACCGCUCUCUUUAUUUCUCACACCACUCUCUACCCUCUCUCCACAAUAUCUGUAAUCUCUCCCUUUCUAUCUCCCUCUUUCUCUCCCCCCUCCUUCCCUCUCUCCCCUCUCUCUCUUACCUCCUCUUCUCCUCUCCCCCUCUCCCCCCUCCUCUCUCUAGUUGACCCUGUCUCCAGCCCAGCAGCAGAUGUUGUUGCAGCAGGCCCAGGCCCAGCUCCUAGCAGCAGCCAUGCAGCAGUCAGCCAGCCAGCAGAGCAGCACCACGGGGGCCAGCAUCUCUGCCUCUGCAGCCACCCCUAUCACACAGCUGCCCCUGUCCCAGCCCAUCCAGAUCACCUCUGUAAGAGACGCGCGCACACACACGAGAACCCGCAUUUGCGCAAACACACACACACACACACACACACACACACACACCACAUCCAUCACUAGGGCUAGACAGAAUCUGCAGGGGGCAGAGUAUCCUGCUACCUCUAGAAUGGGUUGUGAAAUAAAUAAAAACUGUGGAAUGAUGUCAAACCCAAUACUGCCACAGUAUAUAACAACCACAGUGUCAUCAUUAAUUGAAUAUGCAGGAACCAUCGAGUUGUGGAGGUAAUGUUAACAUCGUUCCCCCUCAGAUUCCCUCUGGUUCUACACAUCUUCCAGGCCAGCUAAGCCAGCUGGGAUACCCAUAUGAGAUGGCGACCUUCAGCAGUUACCUACCUGUAGUACACCUUUAAAUCACUGUUACGUGAAUGACUGGACAUUUAUAAUGUAGCUGUAGUGGUACAUCUGUAUAACACUGUAGUAGUGUAUCUGUAGUAUGAAGGAGUGUAUCUGUAGUAUGAAGGAGUGUAUCUGUAGUAUGAAGGAGUGUACCUGUAGUAUGAAGGAGUGUACCUGUAGUAUGAAGGAGUGUACCUGUAUUAUGAAGGAGUGUACCUGUAGUAUGAAGGAGUGUACCUGUAGUAUGAAGGAGUGUACCUGUAGUAUGAAGGAGUGUAUCUGUAGUAUGAAUGUGUGUAUCUGUAGUAUGAAGGAGUGUACCUGUAGUAUGAAGAUAGAAUGAAGACCUCUAGUAGCUGUUUGUGUGAGAUGAACAACAACAGCAUGAGUGUGUGUAUGACUGUAAGUGAUUGUGUGUAUGACUGUAAGUGAUUGUGUGUAUGACUGUAAGUGAUUGUGUGUAUGACUGUAAGUGAUUGUGUGUAUGGCUGUAAGUGAUUGUGUAUACCUGUAGUAAUGUGUGCUCCUCUCUCCUGGUGUGUGUUUGAGGACUUUCAGCAGUUACAGCAGCUGCAGCAGCAGAACCUGACCAUGCCCCAGUUUGUCCUGGUUCAGCCUGGCAACCACAUCGCCACCCAGCUGCAGCCUGGCCAGUACAUCAUCUCACAGUCGCCGCAGGGCCAGCAGAGUAUGUCCUGCACACACGAACACAGGCGCGCGCACACAUAUCCUCUCACCCUCCCUUCAUACCCCCUAAAUGUUCUCCAUUAUUCCCUCAACAGGUCUCCUGCAAGGCCAGAGUCUUCUAACUCAACUACCUCAAAGCCAAGCCAACCUCCUGCAGACUCAUCCAAGCAUCACGCUCGCCACACAGGUCAGACACUACAACUACCAUGUUUCAAACCUUUCAAGUUUAAACCAUGUUUAGUUAGUCAUUUCCUUUCAGCCCUGACCCCAUGCUGACCCCAUCUCCCGUCCUGUAGCCAGCGACUCCGACCCGCACGACAGCAGCCACGCCCAUCCAGCCUCUGUCCCACAGCCAGACCUCGCCCCCUAAACACCUGGCCACGCCCAGUCUGGAGGAGCCCAGUGACCUGGAGGAGCUGGAACAGUUCGCCAAGACCUUCAAACAGAGACGCAUCAAACUGGGUUUCACACAGGUGGGUGUGUGUGUGGUUGGGGUUGUCAAGGAGCUGUAGGAAGGUGUGUGUUUGUAUGAUAACAGCAGAGCUCUCCCUUACCCUCUCUCUGUCUCCCCCAGGGGGAUGUUGGCAUGGCCAUGGGCAAGCUGUACGGUAACGACUUCAGCCAGACCACCAUCUCCCGCUUCGAGGCCUUGAACCUGAGCUUUAAGAACAUGUGCAAGCUGAAGCCACUGCUGGAGAAGUGGCUCAACGAUGCAGGUUUGUCCCUGAGCUGACCGCCAGCUGUGUGUGUGUGUGUGUGUGUGUGUGUGUGUGUGUGUGUGUGUGUGUGUGUGUGUGGAUUCUGUACUGUAGUGUGUACUUUAGUGUACCUGGUCUUUACCUCUGUCCCUGUCCUUUGUCGCGGUGCUGUUUAUGCAGAGAACCUGUCGUCUGACCAGGCCCUGUCCAGCCCCAGUGCCCUGGGCUCCCCCGGCCUGGGUAUGGAGGGGCUGAACCGCCGACGCAAGAAGAGGACCAGCAUCGAGACCAACAUCCGCUUGGCCUUAGAAAAGAGAUUUCUGGAGGUGAGCGACAUUUCAUAUUCUAGAUUAGCUCUCACUUUUCUUUACUGACUUACCUCAUCAACCAGCAAGGAACUGCCCCAUACUGAAAGUAACUGCCCCAUACUGAAAGGGAAUCCCUGGUGUUUUGCCCUCUUCAAGCAGAACCAAAAACCUACCUCUGAGGAGAUCACCAUGAUCGCCGACCAGCUCAACAUGGAGAAAGAGGUGAUCCGGGUUUGGUUCUGUAACCGCCGGCAGAAAGAGAAGAGGAUCAACCCCCCCAGUGGUGGAUACAGCAACACAGGGACAGGCAGCAGCCCCAUCAAAACCAUCUUCACCCCCACUAUCCCCCUGGUAUGGACAACACACUGGCAUGUACCACACACACUUGCAGUUGCACGCAUGGACACACACACACACACAAGCAAAGUGUUUUUUUCUAUUCCGUGUUCAACCCCUCUCCUUCUCCUUCCCUGGCGCAGGUAUCCAGUACGGCCAGCCUUGUGACUAGUAACACACCGACCACACUGACUGUAAAGCCAGUGAUGCCUCUCAACAGCAGCAGCCUGUCUGGCUUGACCUUCACAGGUACACAGGGGAAGGGGAGGGACAGGAUCAUAUUUAACAGAAAGAAAAAACAAGAUGUCUCAAGUUAGGAAUCAGGCAAUAUUCUCUUCCCAUUUCCCACCUUCUCGUCCUCAAAAACUAAACACCAGCCUCCCGUUCUGUCCCAGGCACGACCAUAGGAGCGACCACAAACACGACAUCCGUCAUCUCCAUGGCACCCAUGGUUACUGCGGUGACCAGCUCCCCGUCGCUAAACCCCUCCCCCACGGCCCUCCAGGCCACGGAGGCGGAGACGGGCGGAACCCAGGAGCACACGGUGGUCACGCAGGCACCGUCGUCCCUAGCGACCGCUCUGGGGACGGGUCAGGUGAUGGUGGCUGGACUGGGGCUGCCGGUCGCCCUGCAAGGUGCUGCCCAGUUACCCACCAGCGCUAGUUUCGCCGCCAUGGCCGGCCUUAACCAAGGACUUAUGGCAUCCUCGCAGUGAGUAGGGAGGGGAGGGGGUAUUGGAGCAGGGUCUGUUCACAGCACACAUUACAUUUACAUUUUAGUCAUUUAGCAGACACUCUUAUCCAGAGCGACUUACAGUUAGUGAGUGCAUACAUUUUCAUACUGGCCCCCCGUGGGAAACGAACCCACAACCCUGGCGUUGCAAGCGCCAUGCUCUACCAACUGAGCUACACGGGGCCUACAUGAAACUACAUGAGGGCUGUCCUCAUGCUAUAUCUGGAAUACAGAAUAAUAUAAUGUAAUAUAAUGUUUCAAUAGUAUUUUUGAAUAGUCAAAACGUUUUGAAUAAUCGUAGUAGUAAUAGUACCAUUGGUCUGAUCAUCACAAUCUCAGGGAUUGAAGGAGGAAUCAGGAUGAUUUCUUACACUUCUCUCACUGAAUUCAGUUUAAUCUCUACUGCUUUCUUACUCUGUGUUGUCUCUGUGUGUAGGGGGGCCUUGCUGAGCUUAGGUCCAGGGGGGCUGGGAGGGGCUCUGAACCCUACCAUGUUGAGCAACAGCACCCUGGCCACCAUCCAAGGUCUGUGGAGUGGCAAGUACACCUGUUUAAUUACUCUGCAAUCACACAUUUACAUACAUACUCUGUUUUCAUAUUAUACUGAUUGAAAAUAUAAACGCAACAUGCAACAAUUUCAAAGAUUUUACUGAGUUACAGUUCAUAUAAGGAAAUCAGUCAAUUGAAAUAAAUAAAGUAGGCCCUAAUCUAUGGAUUUCACAUGACUGGGCCUGGGAGGGCAUAGGCCCACCCACUUGGGAACCAUGCCCACCCAUUGGGGAGCCAGGGCUCAGCCAAUCAGAAUGAGUUUUUCCCCACAAAAGGGCUUUAUUACAGACAAAGAUAGUCCUCAGCAACUUGAUCCCGCAGGUAAAGAAGCUGGAUGUGGAGGGCUGGUGUGGUUACACGUGGUCUGCGGCUGUGAGGCCGGUUGGAAGUACUGCCAAAUUCUCUAAAACAACAUUGGAGGCAGCUUAUGGUAGAGAAAUGAAUAUUAAAUUAUCUGGCAACAGCUCUGGUGGACAUUCCUGCAGUCAGCAUGCCAAUUGCACGCUCCCUCAAAACAUGAGACAUAUGUGGCAUUGUGUUGUGUGACAAAACUGCACAUUUUAGUGGCCUUUUAUUGUCUGUAAUGAUCAUGCUGUUCAAUCAUAAUAAUGGCCGGAACGGUGCAAAUGGAAUGGUAUCAAACACCUGGAAACCAUGUGUUUGAUGUAUUUGAUACCAUUCCACUGAUUCCGCUCCAGUCAUGACCACGAGCCCGUCCUCCCCACCAACCUCCUGUGCUGUAGAACUAGUCUUUACCUGACACUAGUGCACCUGUCCUUCUGGUCUUCACCACACCUCACACCAUUGUGUACAAGCCGUAAUGAGAACUCCUCACAGCUCUAUCAGCUAGCUAGCUACAUUACCCCUUCAUGUCCAUCCAUAGUUAGCUGUAACUGUCCUCCAACUGAGGAAGUCUAGAUAUCUAGGUAACCCCCCUCUGUCCCUCCUCUCCUCCCCCUGUAGCUCUAGCAUCAGGCGGCACUCUCCCCAUCACCUCGCUGGACGGGAGCGGUAACCUGCUGUUCACCAACACCUCCGCCGGCAGCACCCCCAACCUGAUGCAACCCCUCUUCCUGAACCCGCAGAACCUUUCCCUGCUCACCAACCCUGUCAGCCUGGUGUCGGCCGGAGCCGCUGGGGGAGGGGCCCUGCAGGUCUCAGCCGACCACCAGGUCACCACGGCGACUGUCCCAGUUCCCUCCUCCACCAUCACCACUGCCUCCAAGGCCCAGUGA